ACCAAANAAAUGGAGAAGAAAGAGCCGAAGACAUUUCUAACAGUGGCCCCAUUCGAGUGCGCGUGGCUCGAAGACCUCCGUUUCAAGGAAGCUGGCCGUGGCUGUGUGGCUUUUGACGCUUUUGCCCACAACGAUGUCACAGUAGUCUUCCGCGAGAAAACGGGCAGCCAGCAUUACCACUACAAACGUGACAACAGCCCUCACUACACAGUCAUAAUCGGCAGUCAUCGAAACAAGCGACUAAACAUCGAGGUCAACGGCAAAACUACAGUUGAUGUUGUAGGCCUCGAUCUCUACUGCUCGUCUGCCUUUCAGAGUUACUGGAUAAGUGUGUACGAUGGGCUUAUUAGCAUCGGCAAAGGACGGUACCCUUUCCAGAACCUCGUUUUCCAGUGGCUCGACUCGAACCCCAACAGAAGCGUGCAGUACGUGGGGCUCAGCAGCUGGGACCGACACGUGGGGUACAGGAACGUUAGCAUGUUGCCGCUCACGGGGAAUCACGCCUCUCUGUGGAAGAAUUCGGAAGAUGGUGAGGAUGAGAUUGAGGAGGGGGGUUGUGUUGGGGAUUUCGAGAGCCAGGGGCUCGGGAUUUUUCUGGAGAGUUGGGAGCUUUCGGAUUUGGUUUUUUUGGUUGGGAAAGAGGAGAGGGUAGUGCCGGGGCAUAAGGUGGUGCUGGCGGCGGCUGGGAAUUUCGGGCUGAGCUCGUCGGGGGAGAAUGUUGUGCGGGUGGAAGAUUAUUCGUAUAUUGUGGUUCAUGCGCUUCUCGAGUAUAUCUACACGGGUAACACCAAGGUCCCUGAGUCGCUUCUCAGUUCUCUAAGAGAUCUGAGUUUACGGUUUGAAGUGAAUACAUUGGUAAGACAGUGUGAAGAGAUGAUUGAGCGUUUUAAACUCAACAAGAAGCUUUUCGACUCGGGAAAAUGUGUGGAGAUAUCAUAUCCAAGUGCUCGGCUGAACUGCUCAGCUGUGUUCCUGAACAGAUUACCCAUUGAUGUCAAACGGCUUAAUAGUUUUCGGUUGACCAGUGAGUACAGUGACGUGGACAUUUAUAUUGAAGGCCAUGGUCUUGUUGCACAGUCGCAUAGAAUUAUCCUUAGCUUAUGGAGUGCCCCGUUUACCAAGAUGUUCACAAAUGGAAUGAUUGAAAGUGUGUCUCCAAAGAUCUUCCUGAAAGAUGUGUGCUUUGAAACAUUCAAGAUUAUGCUCGACUUCAUGUACAGUGGUGAAAUCAAUCAAGAAGAUGUCACGGAUAUCGAUAUGUUGCUACUUCAGCUUCUUCUAAUGGCAGAUCAGUUUGGAGUUUCGCAGCUUCAUCAAGAAUGCUGUAAACGACUUUUAGAACACCUAUCUGAGGACUCAGUGUGCCAAAUUUUGCUAGUUGUUCAGUCGGUAUCUUCUUGUAAAAUAAUUGAAGAAACGUGCGAGAGGAAAUUUUCCAUGAAUUUUGAUUACUGCACAACCGCAAGCAUCGACUUUGUCAUGUUAGACGAGACAACAUUUGGGAACAUUCUUCAGCAUCAAGAUUUGACGGUAACUUCUGAAGAACGAGUUCUUAAUGCAGUCUUGCUUUGGUGUUGCAAAGGAAAAGAGUUGUUUGGAUGGGAAAGAAUAGAUGAAAUAUUGCUGAAUUCAGCACCAGAAAGCGUUUUUCGUGAAAGGCUCAAGUAUCUCGAGGAAUUUUUAAAUUUUGUGAGGUUCCCUUUGCUGUCUUCUUCAGUUCUGCAAAAGUUGGAGAGAAGCAACCUCAGCACGCGAAUCCCUACACUCAGUAAAUUGGUGAAAGAAGCCAUUGGGUUUUUGGAAUUCGGGUCUUCUGCAAGUGAUAAUGAUAUAAACAAAUACCAGCACAGGAAAUCAAGUUUUAAAGAACUCCAGUAUAUAUGCGACGGUGAUAGCAAUGGAGUCUUGUACUUUGCAGGCACAUCCUAUGGGCAACAUCAGUGGGUAAAUCCAGUUUUAUCCAAGAGAGUAUUUGUUACUGCAAGUAGCCCGAUUUCCAGAUUCACCGAUCCUAAGGUUUUAGCCUCGAGGAGUUACCAGGGGACAUCUUUUGCCGGGCCCCGAGUGGAGAACGGGCGAAAUAUGGCAUGGUGGAUGGUUGACAUUGGCCACGGUCAUCAGUUGAUGUGCAACUAUUACACGCUAAGGCAGGAUGGAUCGACAGCUUUCAUCAGGAAUUGGAGCUUCCAGGGCUCGAUGGAUGGCAACAGCUGGACGAACUUGAGAGUACACGAGAACGAUGAGAUGAUGAUCAAGCCCGGUCAAUUUUCAUCGUGGCCCGUUGUUGGCCCGAAUGCGCUUCUUCCCUUUAGAUACUUUCGAGUUGUUCUGACAGCUCCAACUGCUGAUACGACUAACCCUUGGAACUUGUGCAUAUGUUUCCUCGAGAUUUAUGGUUAUUUCCGUUAAACUGUGUUUGUGAAACGAAGUUUUGAUGGCCGAGUUUGUACGAGGAAUAAUGUAUCUGGCAUUUUUUUUUUUUUAAUUUUGUUUUUAAAAUUGUUGUGUGAACCAGCAUUUUGUUUAGGUUGGUUUUUGUAAUCAGUUGGUUGAUUAUUGUUGCACAGGUUAAUAUUUGCAUCUAAUUUAGUUGUGUAGCAUCAUGAAUUCUGGACUCAUUGUCAUUUCUUGUAUUGACAAUUUGACAUAGAUUACGAAAUGCAUUUAAGAUAAGCAUUAAGUUAGACGGUGCCUCUCCACUGGCGGCGGUGGCGCGUCUGUGUGGCUAGAAGUGGUUAUCGAUUGGUCUGGGGAGGUGGCUCGUCUUUGCUGGUGCUGGUCUGAAGGUGGCCUCCUAGUUAGGGUUUCGUCUUAGGUCCGGGUCUCGUUAGCCGGUGAUGGAGUUUCUAUGUUUUAUUGGAACCCUAUUGGGUAGUCAUUUUGAGUGUUGGCUUGCUUCAGGUCUCUAGGCGAGUUUUAGCGUUGGUGGAGAGGACUUUAAUCUAGAUAUUAAGUUUUUUAUUUUAUUUUGUGUUCUUGUUAGUGUGUGUGUUUUGUUUCUUUUCUCUCCAUGUGGAGUUUUGGUCUCACAGAUGUGGAUGUUUUUGUU